AUGUCAUCGCUUGCUGUUUCGGGAAUCGCUCCAUUUUUGGAUUUCGACGACGUCUUGAUGUUCGUUGAGAAGAUCUCUAUGUACUUGAUAAUCGUGACGCCAGAAUCGCAACCGAACUUGCUGAUUACCGUGAAAAAUUUACAGCAAGACUCGAUGAAAUCGAACGAGUCCUUCAAACCCAUCACAACAAUUUUGACGAAUCCGAUCAACAGAGCGUGGCGAGUCAAGCUUCCUCUGCAAGCUCAGAUGGACGGAAGUAGGAAUGAAUAUUAUGAAUAUUUCGAACGAAAACCCUCAAAAUGGGACAUUAUAGAAUUCUUAGAGCAAUGCGACCUUGAGCCGUACGAAAAAAAGGUGAAUCGAUACAUUAGGUGCCUCAGAUGUAUUGCUCGUGGUGAGCAAAAAGAGAGAAAAGAAAAGGCAGAAGAGCUUCUCAGAAGAUACAUUGAAGCCAUUCGCAUUUUUCGCGACCGCCGAGCCACAAAAUCAGUGCUGGAACUCAGGCGACCCAUGUUGGAAAAUAAACCAGACAAACAACGCGUCAAGAAUUGGGAAAAAACACGUAAAUCAAGCAGUGGCUCUUCGAUUUACAUCCACAACCACAACUCGACAUUAUCAGGAAACUCUUUUGCCGUUGCUGGGAACACUUCAACUCCUAAAGCUACUACUAAACGCAAGCGAGAGGGCUUUAGAGGGAAAAAGUUAAACGAUGAGGUGCAAGAACAAACAAAGCGAGUACGUUUUGAGGAAAAGUCGAAGAAAUUCUCAUCAGAAAAAAGGGCAAAAACUAGUGAUAAUUGGGAAGACAUCGAUGCCGCAGCAAUUGAUUUAGAAGAAAUUUCUGAUUCAGACGACGCUGAUGCUGAACCGAAUGAUACAGAAAUUGAGUACCUCAAUCAAGAAGUAAAUAAUUUGAAUGACACUGAGGUGUCCAUUCGAAAUACUUUACUUGAUGUUCUCAGCCAACGUAAAUCUAGGGAUUUAGAAUCGGAAAAAACCUUUAUGAAUUCAACAUUCCUUAACGGUAUAAUUGAUUUAACAGAUGCGGAUAUGAGGCGACAAAUAAAAUCGACAUUGCACGAAGAACAACAAUCAUGGUUAGAUCAGGUAUUAAGGAAACAAGCGUGGAAGCCAACACCCUCGUUCAAGGAAUACUGUGACCAGUUCACAGAUGAUGCAUGCAAUCGUGUUCAAGUCCCUAAUUUAGUCCGAAAGUCCUUCGUUAAAGGACGGUUUGAUUCCUUUUUUGACGAAGGGCAUGAUAUCGCGCAAGAUAUAAUGAAACAUUUCUCGUUACGUUUGGAAGCCCCGAGCAAUAUAGAGUCAAAAGCAUUGGAUCUGGAAAGGACAUUCGCCAUCGAUACAAUUGUAUACAUCAUUAAUAGACUCUUCAAAAUGCAUCAAGAUGAAGUGGAUUUAGUUUGGAUUGAAAUUCUCACUCCCGAUACAAGUAAACGCAAGAUCGAUGGAGUCAUGAAGGCUCUUCUGACAAAGCAAACUCAUCAGAUACUGGCGUUAUUUGAGUUUUCCUUCGGUAGAAAGGCCCCUAUGUCCAAAGAUUAUGAAGAUAGAGUGAAGUUGUGUCGCAACGCCACGAGAAUUUUAAACAAAAUGCUCAAAAAAAUCCCUUGUAACAAGGUGCGGGUGUACACAGUUCAAAACGUGAAUGAACGGAUGUACAUACGAUACAUGGUUCGACCUCUCCCAUCAAUAUACCUGUACGAGGAGUUCGCAUGUAUCAGAUACCCCAAGAAUUUCAGUCAAAUGGAACAGUUCGCUAGAGACAUAAUGGUACUCAUGAAUUUUCAGAGUGAUGUCUUGAAGACAGUCAAAGAAAGCAAUUGCUUUAUUGACACGAUUGAAAACGAUUAUAUCAGCACAGUUUCAGUGCAAGAGACACCGAAAAAGCAAAACAAAGGGAAGAAGGAAACUAGUUCUCCGCCAUCGUCAGAUCCCGGAUCUCCAUGUGACCGACUAUUGAAAUAA